AUGUCGACGAACAAGAUUGUGUUGAAGAGCUCCGAUGGUGAGUCUUUUGAGGUUGACGAGGCGGUGGCUCUUGCGUCUCAGACCAUAGCCCAUAUGGUUGAAGACGACUGCGUCGACAACGGAGUCCCUAUUCCGAACGUCACGAGCAAUAUCCUUGCGAAGGUGAUCGAGUACUGCAAGAAACACGUCGGGGCUGCCGAUGCUGGUACCUCCGAAGAAGACCUUAAGGCCUGGGAUGCUGAUUUCCUGAAAAUCGAUCUGUCUAUGCUCUACGAACUCAUCCUGGCUGCUAAUGACCUCAACAUCAAGAACUUGCUUGACCUUACAUGCCAGGCAGUGGCUGAUAUGAUCAAAGGCAAAAAUCCACAAGAGCUUCGCACGACCUUCAACAUCAAGAACGACUUCACACCGGAGGAAGAAGAAGAGGUGCGCAGAGAGAACCAAUGGGCUUUUGAAUGA